AGAAUAAGGAAGCUGCAACCAUGACGACCCACGUCACCCUUGAAGAUGCCCUGUCCAACGUGGACCUGCUGGAGGAGCUGCCCCUCCCUGACCAGCAGCCAUGCAUCGAGCCACCACCCUCCUCCAUCAUGUACCAGGCCAACUUUGACACGAACUUUGAGGACAGGAAUGCGUUUGUCACAGGCAUCGCGAGGUACAUUGAGCAGGCAACGGUCCACUCCAGCAUGAAUGAAAUGCUGGAAGAAGGGCACGAGUAUGCGGUCAUGUUGUACACCUGGCGCAGUUGUUCCCGGGCCAUCCCCCAGGUGAAAUGCAAUGAACAGCCAAACAGAGUGGAGAUCUAUGAGAAGACAGUGGAGGUGCUGGAGCCAGAGGUCACCAAGCUCAUGAAGUUCAUGUACUUUCAGCGCAAGGCCAUCGAGCGGUUCUGCAGCGAGGUGAAGCGUCUGUGCCAUGCUGAGCGGAGGAAGGACUUCGUCUCCGAGGCCUAUCUCCUGACCCUGGGCAAGUUCAUCAACAUGUUUGCAGUGUUGGACGAGCUGAAGAACAUGAAGUGUAGCGUCAAGAACGACCACUCAGCCUAUAAGAGGGCAGCACAGUUCCUGAGGAAGAUGGCGGACCCUCAGUCCAUCCAGGAGUCCCAGAACCUCUCCAUGUUCCUGGCCAACCACAACAGGAUCACCCAGUGUCUCCAUCAGCAGCUGGAAGUGAUCCCCGGCUAUGAGGAGCUGCUGGCCGACAUCGUCAACAUCUGCGUGGAUUACUAUGAGAAUAAGAUGUACCUGACCCCCAGUGAGAAGCACAUGCUCCUCAAAGUCAUGGGCUUUGGCCUUUACCUGAUGGAUGGAAAUGUCAGCAAUAUUUACAAACUGGAUGCCAAGAAGAGAAUCAACCUUAGCAAAAUUGACAAGUUCUUCAAGCAGCUGCAGGUGGUCCCGUUAUUCGGCGACAUGCAGAUAGAGCUGGCCAGAUACAUUAAGACCAGUGCUCACUAUGAAGAGAACAAAUCCAAGUGGACGUGCACCCAGAGCAGCAUCAGCCCACAGUACAACAUCUGCGAGCAGAUGGUGCAGAUCCGGGAUGACCACAUCCGCUUCAUCUCUGAACUCGCUCGCUACAGCAACAGUGAGGUGGUGACGGGCUCCGGGCUGGACAGCCAGAAGUCAGACGAGGAGUACCGCGAGCUGUUCGACCUGGCCCUGCGGGGCCUGCAGCUUUUAUCCAAGUGGAGUGCCCACGUCAUGGAAGUGUACUCUUGGAAGCUGGUCCACCCCACGGACAAAUUCUGCAACAAGGACUGCCCUGGCACCGCAGAAGAGUACGAGCGAGCCACGCGCUACAAUUACACGAGCGAGGAGAAGUUCGCCUUUGUGGAGGUGAUUGCCAUGAUCAAAGGUCUGCAGGUGCUCAUGGGCAGGAUGGAGAGUGUCUUCAACCAGGCCAUCAGGAACACCAUCUACGCGGCCCUGCAGGACUUCGCCCAGGUGACCCUGCGUGAGCCCCUGAGGCAGGCAGUGAGGAAGAAGAAGAACGUCCUCAUCAGUGUCCUGCAAGCAAUUCGAAAGACCAUCUGUGACUGGGAGGGGGGCCGAGAGCCCCCCAAUGAUCCGUGUUUAAGAGGGGAGAAAGACCCCAAAGGUGGCUUUGACAUCAAGGUGCCCCGGCGUGCUGUGGGGCCCUCCAGCACACAGCUGUACAUGGUGCGGACGAUGCUGGAGUCACUCAUCGCAGACAAAAGCGGCUCCAAGAAGACCCUGAGGAGCAGCCUGGAUGGGCCCAUCGUCCUCGCCAUUGAGGACUUCCACAAGCAGUCUUUCUUCUUCACGCACCUGCUCAACAUCAGUGAAGCCCUGCAGCAGUGCUGUGACCUGUCCCAGCUCUGGUUCCGAGAAUUCUUCCUGGAGUUAACCAUGGGCCGGCGAAUCCAGUUCCCUAUUGAGAUGUCUAUGCCCUGGAUUCUUACAGACCACAUCCUGGAAACCAAAGAGCCUUCAAUGAUGGAGUAUGUCCUCUACCCCCUGGAUCUGUACAAUGACAGCGCCUACUAUGCUCUGACCAAGUUUAAAAAGCAGUUCCUAUAUGAUGAGAUUGAAGCCGAGGUGAACCUGUGUUUUGAUCAGUUUGUCUAUAAGCUGGCGGACCAGAUCUUUGCUUACUACAAGGCCAUGGCUGGCAGUGUCCUGUUAGAUAAACGUUUUAGAGCUGAGUGUAAGAAUUAUGGAGUCAUCAUCCCAUACCCGCCAUCCAAUCGCUAUGAAACACUGCUGAAACAGAGACAUGUUCAGCUACUGGGUAGAUCGAUUGACUUGAAUAGACUCAUCACCCAGCGCAUUUCUGCUGCCAUGUAUAAAUCCCUCGACCAGGCCAUCAGCCGCUUUGAGAGUGAGGACCUGACCUCUAUUGUGGAGCUCGAGUGGCUGCUGGAGAUCAACCGGCUCACGCAUCGUCUACUGUGUAAGCACAUGACCCUGGACAGCUUCGAUGCCAUGUUCCGGGAGGCCAAUCACAACGUGUCCGCCCCCUAUGGCCGCAUCACCCUGCAUGUCUUCUGGGAGCUGAACUUUGACUUCCUCCCCAACUACUGCUACAAUGGGUCCACAAACCGUUUUGUUCGAACUGCCAUUCCUUUUACGCAAGAACCACAAAGAGAUAAACCCGCUAACGUCCAGCCUUAUUACCUUUAUGGAUCCAAGCCGCUCAACAUCGCCUAUAGCCACAUCUAUAGCUCCUACCGGAACUUUGUGGGGCCCCCUCACUUCAAGACCAUAUGCAGACUCCUGGGGUACCAGGGCAUCGCUGUGGUCAUGGAAGAGCUGCUGAAGAUCGUCAAGAGUUUGCUCCAAGGAACCAUUCUCCAGUAUGUGAAAACACUGAUAGAAGUGAUGCCCAAGAUCUGCCGCCUACCCCGGCACGAGUAUGGCUCUCCAGGGAUCCUGGAGUUCUUCCACCACCAGUUGAAGGACAUCAUCGAGUAUGCAGAGCUCAAAACAGAUGUGUUCCAGAGCCUGAGGGAAGUGGGCAAUGCCAUCCUCUUCUGCCUCCUCAUAGAACAAGCUCUGUCCCAGGAGGAAGUCUGUGAUCUGCUCCAUGCUGCGCCUUUCCAGAACAUCUUGCCUCGAGUCUACAUCAAAGAGGGGGAGCGCCUGGAGGUCCGGAUGAAACGCCUAGAAGCCAAGUAUGCCCCACUUCACUUGGUCCCUCUGAUAGAGCGGCUGGGGACCCCUCAGCAAAUCGCCAUUGCUCGGGAAGGUGAUCUGCUGACCAAGGAGCGGCUGUGCUGCGGCCUGUCCAUGUUCGAGGUCAUCUUGACACGCAUCCGAAGCUACCUUCAGGACCCCAUCUGGCGAGGUCCCCCACCCACCAACGGCGUCAUGCAUGUGGACGAGUGCGUGGAAUUCCACCGGCUCUGGAGUGCCAUGCAGUUCGUUUACUGCAUCCCCGUGGGCACCAACGAAUUCACAGCAGAGCAGUGUUUCGGAGAUGGCCUGAACUGGGCUGGCUGCUCCAUCAUUGUCCUGCUGGGCCAGCAACGUCGCUUUGACCUGUUCGACUUCUGUUACCACCUGUUAAAAGUACAGCGGCAGGACGGGAAGGAUGAAAUCAUUAAGAAUGUGCCCUUGAAGAAGAUGGCAGACCGCAUCAGGAAGUACCAAAUCUUGAACAAUGAGGUUUUUGCCAUCCUGAACAAGUACAUGAAGUCUGUGGAGACAGACAGCUCCACCGUGGAGCAUGUGCGCUGCUUCCAGCCGCCCAUCCACCAGUCCCUGGCCACCACCUGCUAGGAGAAAGGCCCUGCAGGCCCUCGACCUGGAGGAGGAGGAAAAGCAGGAGAAAGAAGACCUCAGCCAGCUCACAGGAGUCAUGUCCGACUGGACAGCCUGUGAGGUGGACCGGAACCAAACAAGAACCUCCCCAUGCCCAUCCCCACCACUCCCCAGGGUGGGCCCAUGCAUGCUUUCCCAUGACAUCUCCAUGGUGGGUUUCCAUAAUGCAAAUGA